AUGCAGAAUAUGAAAGAGGAAGAGGUUAACCGUUGCCAGAUUCAGAAAUGGUACCCGAUUUUCAAAUCUGUAUCCAUCAAGACCUUAAUCUAUCAACUUCCUGAAUCUUUCGUUCAAUACCUUCUUGACGACUCUGGGCCCUUUCUAUUGCCUAUUUCUAUCUUAAACGAAGAUGCAUUGCCGAAUAGGAUUCAUAAUCCUAUUGAUGAAGAAGAUCUGCAGGUGUCAGAGGGAUCUGAUGAUGAAUCGGAAGAAUCUUCUACACCACCUUCUUUUCCAGAACUCGAGCUGAAAGUUAAGGAAUCCAUCGAGUCGCUUGGGGGUGCGGUUUUUCCCAAGUUGAAUUGGAGUGCACCAAAAGAUUCGGCUUGGAUAAGUACUUCUGGCACUCUUCGCUGCACCACUUUUAGUGAGAUUGCACUUCUGUUUCGAGCAUCCGACUCAUUAGUACAUGAUUUAUGUCAUGCUUAUGAUUCUUGCUCCGAUAAACUUUCGUCAAGACCACAUACUUUCUUCCUUGCUCUACGUAAAUGGUAUCCAUCCCUUAAGCCAGACAUGGAAUUUCGAUGUUUUGUGCGGAAUAAAAAAUUAGUCGGAGUUUCUCAGCGGGAGGUUACUACUUUUUAUCCGGUUCUUGUCGAAACCAAGAAUGUUCUCUUAUUACAGAUUCAACAAUUUUUUAACAAUUUUGUGAGAACUAAAUUUGAGUCAGAAAACUACACAUUUGAUGUUUACGUUACAAAUGAUGAGAGAGUUAAGAUCUUCGAUUUCAACACUUGGGGUGGAUCUACAUUGUCAUUGUUGUUUACCUGGGAUGAAUUAGAGCAUAUUCAUUGUGAAGAAGGAGAUGAUGUCGAGUUUAGAAUCAUCGAAGAUCGCUGCGGUGUUAGGCCUGGCCUCAAAACAGCAGUUCCAUAUGAUUACUUGGAUACAAGUUCAGGAAGUGGUUGGGAUCAAUUUCUAAGAAAUGCUGAUGAAGAGUUAAAACAACAAUCAAGGUCUACUCAAGCUGGUGCAUGA